UUCAGUUUUUAAAACAUUUCUCCUACUACUAAAUGGACACAAUCCUCUGCGACGAGCUCCUCCAAGAAAUCUUCCACCACCUCCCUCCUCCGUCAUCCUCCGCCGUCUCCCUCGUCUCCAAACGGUGGCGCCACCUCCUCCGUUCUUCUCUCUCCUCCCUCUCCCUCCGUCUCUCACCUAACCACCCAUCCCUACCCUCUCUCUCCUCCUUCCUCUCUCACCACACCUCCCUCUCUACUCUUUCCGUCUCCUCCUCCUCCUCCGCCGGAACCACCGUCUUCUCCGGCGACCUCCUCCGCUCCAUCUCCGCCGCCUCUCCUCAGUUAUUAUCUCUCUCAAUCAUUCUCUCCAGACCUCUUCUCUCUCUUCAACUUCUAACCUCUUUCACCAAUCUCAAAUCCCUAACCCUAUCUCUCGCCGAAAACGCCUCGCCGGACUCUGUUUCCGAUGAAUUCACCGUUUCCUCUUCUCUGCGGCUACAAUCACUCCGUCUGUCCGGAAUUUGCGCCGGCGAUUACUCUCUCAACUGGCUUUGGAAGAACUGUGAUUGCAAAACCCUAACGAAGCUCGUUUUGGAGAAUUGUGAAGGCGUAGGUGAUAAUUCUUCGUUUGCGUGUUUUGUAAAAGGAUUGGAGAAUGUUAGGGAAGUUGAAUUGAGGACUUGCAGGUCUAUUGUGUCGUUGAUUUUGUUUAAUUUGGGUGAGAAUUGUAAGAGUUUGGUGUCUUUGUUAGUUUAUGAUGGUGGAAAUAAGGAGAGCUUGCUUCGGUUCGUUCGUGAAACGACGUCUGAUCUUCGGAGACUUGAUCUCCGGUUACCACUUGAUUUGGAUGACACUCAUCUCUUUCAAAUUGGUGUGAAAUUUAGUCGCUUGCGUGUUCUUCGCUUGCAAAGUUGCUGUAUGGUUACAGGUGAAGGUCUCAAAACCCUAGGGUUAGCUUUGAGUGAUAGCCUUGAAGAACUAGCUUUAACAAAUUGUGAUGUUAUCAAUGGACAAGACGGGUUCCUUGUCGAAUUAGCUCAGAAUCUAAAAAAGAUCAAAAUACUGGAUUUGUCCUACAAUCAUACUCUCCUCGAUAAAGAAUUUGCAUCGAUGAUCAGUUCAUACUGUAAUCUACGAAAACUGAAACUACGGGGUUGCAGCAGAUUAACCAACGUAUCGUUGAUUUCAUUGUGCAAGAACUGUAAGCGUUUGGAGAGUGUGGAUAUACUUUACUGCCACGGGAUUCAGGUGGAGGGUGUCGAGUUCUUGAUCUUGAAUUCUCGGCAACUGAGAAACCUGCAAGUCGAAGAUCGUAAGUUAUCGGAAGCUGCAAGAAGAUGGAUGACAGACAAGUUUAUUGAGGUCCAACACUGAUUGUAUUUAACACUUGGAUUGAAAUUGUAUAUGGUUUCUUGUUGUGUCUUUUAUCUUGUCAUGAAAAUAAGAAUGCAUAUAUGUAACAAUAUUUCUGUUUAAAGAAUCAAAGUAAAUUACAUGCA